AUGAAAGCAUUUUUUAUAUGUCUUAUAUCAAUCAUUGUUAUUAAUUUAUGUUCAACACGGGUCAAUUAUCACAGUAGCGAUGGCUCUGGCGAUCCAAUUAUUGCGGCUAUUCUCAUACCUUGCAUUGUUGGUGUCGUCAUCGUAGUUAUUGUUAUUAUUGUUUGCAAAAUAAAAUGUGACAAGAGAAAAAGAAUGGGUGUUUUGCCAUUAUCCAGAGACGCAACUUUAGCUGAAUACAAUAACCCAUAUGCACCACCAUCUUAUAGUCAAGUACCGCCUUAUGCUCAACCACCACCCUAUGAAUAUCCACCGUCUUAUUUUGCACCUAGUGCAUCCACUGAACCAGCAAAAACGAUCGUUAAUUCAUGA